AUGUCUUCUAAGGAUUGCCAUUCGAACAAACCUAUUCGUGUUGUCAUAACUGGUGCUGCUGGCCAAAUUGCAUAUUCAUUAAUCCAUCAAAUUGGUAAUGGCGAUGUGUUCGGAAAAGAACAGAGUAUUAUCCUUCAUUUACUGGAUAUUACACCAGUCAUGGGUGUACUUAACGGAGUCGUGAUGGAAAUUCAAGAUAUGAGUCUACCGUUGGUCAAAGAUGUUAUACCCACCGAUAGCGAAGAAGUUGCUUUUAAAGAUGUUGAUGUGGCUUUAUUUGUCGGUGCUAUGCCACGUAAAGAAGGCAUGGAACGUAAAGAUUUGCUAAGUGCCAAUGUGAAAAUCUUCAAAUCGCAAGGUACUGCACUUGAUAAAUUCGCAAAGAAAAAUGUCAAAGUUGUUGUUGUUGGUAAUCCAGCCAAUACCAAUUGCUACAUCUUAGCUCACUACGCGCCGUCAAUUCCUCGUGAAAAUUUUACUUGUUUAACACGUUUAGAUCAUAAUCGUGCGAAAGCACAACUAGCAUCUCGAUUGAAAGUAUCAUCUAGUGCGAUUAAGAACGUUAUCAUUUGGGGUAAUCAUUCGUCGACACAGUUUCCCGAUGUUCGUUCUGCGACAGUCUCGAUUAACGGCCAAGAAACAGCCGUUUACGACGCGAUUAGGGAUGAUCAGUGGCUUAAGAAUGAUUUUGUUUCCACUGUACAAAAACGUGGUGCAGCAGUAAUUGCUGCACGCAAACUUUCGAGUGCCAUGUCAGCAGCGAAAGCAAUCUGUGAUCAUGUUCGAGAUUGGUGGUAUGGAACACGAGAAAACGAAUGGGUUUCGAUGGGUAUAAUAAGUGAUGGAUCGUAUGGAAUCGAAAAAGGCUUGGUGUUUAGUUAUCCAGUCGAGAUCAAGAACGGACAGAUAUCGAUUGUGCAAGAUUUGCAAAUGGACGAUUGGGCAAAAGGAAUGAUUGAGAAAACACAAAAAGAAUUAGUCGAGGAGAAAAAUGAUGCCCUGAAAGCGACGAAUUCCGAAUGA